AUGUUAAGAGCUUGGAUGGCUGACACAGGCAGUAAGCGUUGGUCUGUUGGAUUGAAUUUUGUACAGUGGCAAAAAAAUAGUUCACACCAUCGAACAAUCGGCCGGUCUCCAUACAAAGCGCUGUUUGGAUGCGAUCCCAAGCUUGGACUUUCUACUUCUAACAUCCCACAGUCAUUGACGCAGAAUUUACGAAGUGAGGAAGAUGUGCAAAACUUAGUCAUCGACGAUAAUAAUAAUCUUGAUGAUGUUAACAAUCACGACAAUAACAGCAGAAGUGAUAAUAACAAUACUGCUACUAUGACCACUUCUACUACCUACGAACAUGAAUGUCGUGAAUGUGGUAGUGUUUUUGAUUCAAGAUACUCAGUAAACUGUGAUGUAUGUAAUUUGUGCCAUAAAGAGACUUCUAUUCAACAACAGAGAGCUGAUUCUAAGAUUAGAAUGGUCGCAGCAGCAGAAAAAAUGCUUUCCUCUACUAAAAGAAAGCUCCCUAAGUAUAAAAUUGGUGAUUGCGUACUCCUUUCAGUACCAAAAGUCGAUCGUGGCCCCAGUGAUCCUCAGAAUAUAGUAUGUGUCAUCACGGAUCAAAAAGAAGAAGUUAAUCAGCCAGAUCGUGUAACUGAUUGA